ACGAAACGGGACGCUCUCCGGCAAGCUCGCAACUAUCUUCUCUGGAAGGAUAUUUAGCAGAGAUGCCGCGAAAAGCUUUGAAAGUCGUGACUGAGCUGCACAUCCGAACGGUGUCCUGUCCCGGGGUCCAUCUGUGGGCCAAGGAUUACGUCUACCUCAGUGUGUGCGUCAUGGGGCAGUAUCAAGAAUCCCCGUGUGUCCCUGCCUUCUUCCCGCUGCUUCUUCAGCAGAAGAUGACUUUUGAAAAGAUAUUUCGGUUUGCGGUUGACCCUGGAGACAUUGCUGUCAUGAUGGAGUACGAGACUGUCACAAUGGAAUUGGUGCAGCUGACUCAUCCAGACGGGAACACCCUGGCAUCGUUCGAAGAAGACUCCCGCAAUUUCCUCUUCCCUCAGCCCAAGCUGGUCCCGUCCUACUCUGGUGUUGGGAGAGAGGUUCUGAUGACACGUGCACCCCACUUUCCGGGUAUUGCUCCGAGGCUGGAGUUCUGGACCAAAACCACCAUCUGUGAAUGUUCAGCCGUCGCAGACAGCAACGUUUACCCAAACGUAUCCACGGGCCCGAAACCAAGAACAAAGUCUGCACUGAGGGCCCGCAAGCAGAGGGCCUCGUCGCCACGGAGACGCCCGGGUACUGCAGGAGGAGGAGGAGGAGGAGGAGGAGGUGGAGGGGGGGCCACUAGGUCGGACGGGGGCCCGCGUGUUUCUUUCCAGCAGGACUCUGAGAAAACCAAACGGGGACCAGCGGAUACGAGCAGCAGCUCGCCCCAGCGUAUGGCGAGCUCGUGGCCGGGGGCGGGCCUUAGGAGCUCCCCGCCCCUUCGUCGCUCGGCACUGGUGGACAGAAGCCCCGCCCCCAGCAAGCCCUCACCCAACCCGCUCCGCUCCGUGUCCGCAGAUGGUAGGAUGGCAUCCAACGCUGACAGUUGGAGCUCUCCUGAAUUGGAUGCUCCCGUUGGUCGGCAGCGUUCGGCCUCUCCUUCUGCGUUGUGGCGUCGCUACCGGCAGCAACAGUCAGGCAACAGCAGCAGCCACGGCCACGACGUCAUGCUCGGCUCCGUUGCCGUGGCGACGGCCAGGUCGCGCUGGAACGGCCCCGCCGACUCGUGGGAGGAGGUCCAGGAGCGCGUCCGCGGACUGCUGACCACCCCCAGGGCGAUGCGCAGACUCCUCUCGGGCUCCACGGCCUCUGAGAUGGAGGAGGUGUUAACACGCAGGUCCAUCUCCCCGGGGCUGCCCUGACGGAGUUUGGACACGUGCACGGACACACACACACACACA